GUCUCUAGCGAACCCUACACGGCCAGCUUUGGAAACAACUGUUCACUGCGUGCCAUGCACGAAAUAGUGGAAAUCUUGGUUAUGUAGUGGUUUUUAGUUUCUGGCAGUUGUUAAAUGGAUAUAUUUGUAAAUAAAUGUGUAGUUAUACAAUAUAUUUGUUCAUGUAUAAUGAACAUGGAUAAGUGAAUAGUUAAGUGAUUAAAGGCAACUUAUUUGAAAGUGUUCGACAUCGCAUGCAGGAGCCUUGUUCAUUCUGGUUAAAAGAUAAUUUCAUUUUACGCUUUCUGGUGAUAGUCUGACACAAGACGCGUUACGUCUUUUGUUUUUUUUGUGACAAGUUCCACCUGUGUUGGUUAAUUCGAGCAAGGUACCGUCUGCAGCCAAACAGAUUUGAGUGGCUCCGUACUGGAUUUCCCGUGCCGCUUCAGCCACCAUAUGGCUGGCUACCUCAAGUCGACGGCGCCACCCGUGCCAUCUCACCACCAGUUCCACCCCCCUCACCACGGCGUGCAGGUCCCUGGACUGGCGGGGCCCUUCGGCUUGCCUCACGCGCUAGAGCCUGUCCAUCCAGCCGUGGGGUUCCCGCAAGGGGUGAACCCCCGUAAGCAGCGCCGAGAGAGGACGACGUUCACGCGGGCGCAGCUGGACGUCCUCGAGGCCCUGUUCGACAAGACCCGCUACCCAGACAUCUUCAUGAGGGAGGAAGUGGCCCUCAAAAUUAACCUUCCGGAGUCCAGGGUUCAGGUUUGGUUCAAGAACCGGCGAGCCAAAUGUCGACAACAGCAACAACAGCAACAACAACAUAAUCUUGGUGGCGGUGGAGGGGGGAGCAGUUCUAGCAACACCAAGCCCUCCAGGGUUCCAGGGAGCAGCCCUAGCUCUAAGAUCAAGACGUCCAAGCACUCUCCACCGCCCCCAGCUCCUUCCAGCACCGGAAGUAACAGCGUGUCUCCUCCAGUUAACGUGAUCCUGAAGAAGGAGCCGUCACCCGUCAUUUCGUUCCAGCAGCUCCGGGUGGGAGGUGGGGGAAAUGUGACACCGGUCGGCAGCGCUCCAGGCGGGGGCUGCAGUACUACACCUUCUUCUGUGUUGAUUCCAAGUCCUCCAGUGACCCCCGGUACGUCCGUUGGCUAUCAGCACGAUAUAUCGUACAACGGGUUCGGCUGGGGAACUCCAGGAACAUCCAACACAUCUUCCCCGAACUGUUACACCCAGAACUAUAGUUCUUACUAUGGUAACAUGAGUGUAGACUAUUUACCUCCGCCAUCUUCAGCGGUGUCUCACCAUCAGAUGAGUUCAACUGCUUCACACGCGUCUGCCUCGAACUUAACUCAACACUAUUCCUCUCACAGUCACGUUGUAGCCCACGGGUUCAAUCACCACCAUCACCAAAUGGCGACGUACUCGGGAAUGGGUAUGAGUGGACAUCACCAGAGCUUCAACUCCUCCAGACACCAGGAUUAUAACAUGGAUUAUCAGCUCGCGCACGAUAAGUAUCAGGUGGUGUAGUCUGGGAGUCAGUAAGCUUGCCUCAGCGUGCAACUUGAAGAUGAGCAGUGCUUAAUUGGUGACGCCCGUGUGAUGUGUGGAUCUUGGCUGGCUCAGGCAGUGAAUGGUCUGUUGGAAUUUUACCCCCGUCAAGCAAUCAGCAUUCUAAAUGCAUCUUUGACUGGAUAAAGCGACGAUCUGAUGAAUUUAUUCAUUUUCUGGGAAAGAACGCCUUCUAGUCCGGUGACGUUUAUAUCUUCAGGGCUGAAGAGUAAAGUCAAGGGAGAAAGCAGUACGGAGCAGGCAGAAAUCAGCUCUGAAACGUAGAUUGAGCUUAACUGGACUCCAAGCCAUUGCAUCCUCACUUCUGCGAGGACCUCAAAUACAAAGAGAGUCCAUAUGGCUCUUAAUUCGAUCAAGUUACCAACAGUUCAUGUGGUACUGCUCGAAAUAUUUAAUGUUCCAUCAAAAUCUGAAAGACUGUUAUGAAUGUAUUUUUUAUCAUUGUUACGCUGUUUCGGAGCGUUCGCAACGAAAAUUUCCAACAUUGCACGCCUUAGCUAGGAAUUUUCUGUCUGUCCGCCUGUUUAGACGAUUGUUGUCUAAACUUACGUAGGACAAUUGUUACUCAAAUUUGUUUCCAGUUUCGUUUAAAAUCAGAUAACAAUACCGGACACUUCACAUGGAGACCUGCGCACGCAUCGCGAAGGUUUGUCGGAGCGGAAAAUGUUCCAGGCAGAAUUUAAAAAAAGUAAAAUUAAAGCUAUCCCUGUACCAGGCCGUGAAGGCCCAUAGGAUUUUGAG